AUGGCAUCUUCGAAACAGCUUCCUUCGCACUACCGAGCCCUUCAGCUCGAUACUUUGGAGAAUGGUUUUGAGUUGAAAUCGCUACCUGUCCCAUCACCAGUCCACGGCUCAGCCAUUGUCAAGGUUGAGCAGGCCUGGGUGUUCUCGUACCAUCGGGACAUCUACAAUGGCGAGCGGCACUACGAUUUCCCCAAGCCCAUCGUCGGGGGCUCUGGCUGUAUCGGGCGUAUCGCAGAGACGGGACCUGACGCUACCCUGUUGCAUCCCGGUCAACUUGUCUACGUCGAUAGCGUGAUACACGGACGUGACAAUCCCGACGAUCUGUUCCUCAGCGCCAUUCAUUCCGGUUCGACGGAAGGAAGUCAAAAGUUGUGCAGAGAUGUCUGGCGCAAUGGGGCGUUUGGCGAGCUAUGCCAUGAAUUAGGAUAUACCACUCAACAGCUGGCCUAUCUUGGCUAUCUGCUCGUUCCAUUUGGAGGAUUACGCGACAUCAGGCUUGAACCAGGAGAGACAAUCGUCAUAUCUCCUGCGACUGGUGGCUUUGGUGGUGCCGGAGUGCAAGUCGCCAUCGCCAUGGGCGCUAGAGUAAUUGCCAUGGGCCGCAACGAAAGGGAGUUGGCCCGGUUGAAACAACACAUCAACAAGGGCACGCCGACGGCUCGCAUUGAUAUAGUCAAGAUUACGGGGGAUGAGAAGGUCGACACAGCAUCCUUGCGAGCCUUUGGACCCACCGACGCGGUGCUUGACUUGACGCCGUUGUUCGCCGAAAAUUCCACCCACCUCAAGUGUGCCUUAUCGAACUUGAGGCGCAACGGCCGUGCGAUUCUCAUGGGACUCGCCGGGCCGAGCUUCCCCAUGGACCCGUGGAGCUUCAUUGGCCGCAAUAUCGCACUUAAAGGGAAGUUGAUGUAUGAGAGAGAGGAUAUACUGCAGUUUGUCAAGAUGCUGGAGGCUGGCCUGUUCCCCCGUGGGGAGGAAUUCGUCAACGCGAAGACAUUCGACAUGGAAGAUUGGAAAAUGGCAUUUGAUGUUGCUGCAGAGCACACGGGCAUCGGCAAGGUGGUGAGCAUCAAGCCGUGAAUGGACCAAAUAAGUCGAGGGGAAGGGUCUAUGUUCCAUUGUCAAUUAGUGCCCGGAAAUGGUCACCCUCACUGCCACUUCCCAUAAAAUCAACGCGCUUAUAGAUAAACUAGUUACUCAAGGCUUACUAUGGUGAAUUUAACCAGAGUCAAAAGCUCUUC